UUAGGGGACAAGAAGUUUAUGUGAGAGCACCGCUUGUUCCAUCUGUAUGCAUUGUCCACAGAAAAGUAGUGGUAGCUAUUAGUGGUCCGCAAUGACCACGCAGGUUGUGCAUCUUGCGGGAGGUCAGGCAUCGGCGGGCCCGCCCGUGCAAGUGCGGCAUGCGCAGCACUUUCUGCUCAUGUGGGCAGCUGAGGGCUGGACGCGGCUCAAGAUAUUCAUUGCACUUGCACUCUGGAUGGGGGGCUUUCAUGCGAACCUCCUCAUUACAAUCGUGGCCCUGUUCAACUUGCGCAGUCAAUGGGGCCUGUGCUUACUGCUACUCCAGAUGACCAUGGCAUUUUUGCCCAUCAAUGAAGAAUCUGACUGGGGGAAGAAACUAGCCAAGUGGAUAUGUACAUAUGCGCCAAUGCACUUCCCAAUGCGGGUGGUCUUUGAGGACAAGGACGCGUUCACCCCAAAGAGGUCCUAUGUGGUGGCUGUGGAGCCCCACAGUGUGCUUCCCCUGGGCAUCAUGGAGUUUGCCAGCGUGCUGGACGUGAUGCCCUUCCAGGACAAGCGCGUGCUCGCCAGCAGCGCGGUGUAUGCGGUCCCCUUUGUGCGCCACAUUUGGAGCUGGAUGGGCAUGGCGCCCGUGGGCCGCCGCGAGUUCAAGCGGCUGCUCGACCAGGGGACUACCUGCGUGCUGGUGCCGGGGGGCGUCUCCGAGUGCCUCUACAUGGAGAGGGAUAAGGAGGUGGUGUUCCUGAACAAGCGGCGAGGAUUCAUCCGCAUGGCCAUCGCCGCAGGCGCGCCCCUGGUCCCCGUCUUCAUAUUCGGACAGCGUGAGACAUACCACUGGUGGCGGCCGCAGGGGCAGUGGUACGAGCAGCUGUCAAAAAUGCUCAAGUUCUCGCCAAUCGUCUUCUGGGGGAUAGCCGGGUCUCCGCUGCCCCUCCCCAAGCCUAUGCUGGUGGCCGUUGGCCGGCCCAUUGCGGUGGAGCAGAGCGCCGAGCCGAUUCCGGACGACGUGGUGGUUGCAAAGCAGAGCGAGUUCAUAGCCGCGAUGAAGGACCUGCAUGCCAAGUACAAGGCGGAGGGGGGCGAUGAGCACGUCGACUUCGUCGUCAAAUGAGGGACGCAAAACGGAGCCACUUGCUGCAGCGCAGCUGGCUCUGUGCAACUGCAUGUGUAAGAUAGUAAAGGGUAGGGGUUAGGGCUCUCGUUUUGUAUAGCGUGGGUUUGAAGUGCCGGGAAAUCAUAGUUUUGUACAAAAGAGACAGCCAGUCCCGGUCCUAGCUGAACCGUGCUACCUACAUUCAUUUUGCUGUCCAUAUGUGGCUGACGUUUGCACAAGAGCGCUUGGGGUAGGAACUAAACGUGUACGUCGUGUGACCCUCGUUUGAAUACUGAUUCGGAAUUAUGAGAACAUUUAACAAUUGCUUCAUGAAAGUUCGAACUUGAAACCUUUUGACAUAGGCAGUAACCACUAAUCAGUCAUUUGAGGGGCCAAAGGAGCUGGGAAGACCGCACUUGUUUGCUGCAAGUAGAGUUUCCUACAAGCGUAGAAGGUCGAAAUCUGGCCCCGAACUGAUUUCGUGUCCUGCAACUCAAUCAUCACCUUGUGGAAGCUGAUUCUGUAUCGUCCUUGACUUUUGAUCCGAU